AUGAGACCUUCGUCUCGGUUGACGACUGGUCUAGCAACUGACGUUGAUGGGCCGGAGAAAUCGGAGAAGAAGGAGGAGAAAUACUUUCCGGGUCCUCUCCCUGUUGUAAAAUUGACCCAUACUUCCGAUUGGGCUGAUGAUGAGAGGGAUACCGGACUUAGCCUCCCUGAACGUGGUAGAUAUCGAGGACCCGAUGUGGAUGCUCCUUCAAGGGAGUUGUAUAAGGAUGGUCGGGAUGAUGAGAGGGAUACCGGACUUAGCCUCCCUGAACGUGGUAGAUAUCGAGGACCCGAUGUGGAUGCUCCUUCUAGGGAGUUGUAUAAGGAUGGUCGGGAUGCUGCAGGUUCUUGGAGGGCAAUGCCCCAACCUAGAGAUGAGAGAGCUGGCAUGAAGCCCUUUGGGGUUGGAAGAGAGGUUAACAGGGAUAGUGGUUCUGCUCGUUCUUCGCCCUAUGGGAACAGUGUAAGGGAUGGUCUUAGCAAUGGCAGAGAUUUGGGUUUUGGGAUGAGUUCUCAGAAUGGGAAGAAUUUAUCGGAAGGGUUUAGUGGAAGAGGCAGUGAUCAACAGAAUGUGCGUGGUGGUCGAUAUGGUGAUGUUUUGAAUAAUCGACAUAGAGGAGACGGCUUUCAGCAUAAUGCUGUGGCAAAGUCACCGUUUUCUUAUGGGUCUAAAGGGUUAUCUUUGAAUGACCCAAUACUGGAUUUUGGUAGAGAGAAAAGGAUGAACUCAUCAAAUAGUGGGAAGCAAUACUAUGGGGAUGCUGGUUUUGAUGCCACUGAUCCUUUCUCUGAUGACCCGAUUGCUGAGGUAAAUAUGAAAGUUUUCAAGAAGAAGAAAGAGGUACAAAAACAUGCUGAUUACCAUGACCCUGUUAGAGAAUCAUUUGAAGCUGAGCUAGAGAGAGUUCAAAGGAUUCAGGAACAGGAGAGACAAAGGGCGAUGGAGGAGCAAGCAAGAGUCAUGGAGAUUGCUCGGAGGGAGCAGGAGGAGAGGGAGAGGCUGGUUAGAGAGGAAGAGGAAAGGAGGCGGCUGAUGGAAGAAGAGGCGAGGGAAGCUGCAUGGAGAGCAGAGCAGGAGAAGAUGGAGGUUGCUAGAAAAGCUGAGGAGCAGAAGAUUGCAAGAGAAGAGGAAAAAAGAAGGAUGCUUAUGGAGGAGGAGAGAAGGAAAGAGAAUGCAAGAAAGAAGCUUAUGGAGCUGGAGGCUAGGAUUGCAAGGAGGGAGACCGAAGUUAGUCAAAACGAGGACCAAUUUCCCCGUGUUGUUGGCGAUGAACGAGCUGUUGGCACAAGUGGGAGGGAUGUACCUAAAGUUACGGCAGAUAUGGGUGAGUGGGAGGAUGGUGAGAGAAUGGUUGAGCACAUCACUAGCACUUCUUCUGAUUCCUCGAUGAAUAGAUAUUUUGAAACAGGUUCUUCUAGGUUACCCUCAAGAGAAACUGGUUCUUCAUUUAUGGAUAGAGGAAAACAUGUGAAUUAUUGGAAGAGAGAUUCGUAUGACGGUGGGGCGAGCUCAAUGUUUCAUGAGCAAGAUAGCUAUGCAAGGAGAGAUACUUACAGCCCUGGGAGGGGUUACCCAAGGAAAGAUAGUUAUGGAAGUCUUGAGGCAGCCCCUAUGAGGCCAUCUUCUAAGGGCAGUGUGUCAGACCAUUCUUCAGGUCCGGAUGAUUUCCGUUAUUUAAGAGGAAACAGAUGGAAUGUUGGUGGCGAAAUUGAUCACUUCCCUAGAAAUUUUGAGGCUGAUGCAGCUGAUUUCUUUGAUAGUGAGAGGUUUGAUGAUAGUGCCUGGGGUUCUAUUCGUCCUCGUGGAAGUCCUAAUGCUUGGUAUGCUGAAAGAUCAUUUCCUAAUUCUGAGGUCGAUAGUGUAUUUCCCUCACAUGGAAGAUCUCGUCACUCCUUGAGACAGCCUCGUGUGCUCCCUCCUCCAUCCAUUUCCUCUACACGCCAGAGUCAGAGCUCAUUCAGAGUUGCAGCAGAUCGACCCAUUUCUUCAUCAUUUGUCGAUAACCAAUCUAGAUAUCAGCAUGGUGGAAGAAGUGUAGAAGAACCUGUGCAGUCAAACUAUGAUGGUGGUUACCAUCAAAGGGUUCAACAGUCUAGAACACCGGAGGUACUAGAAAGUGAUGUUAUUUCUUCAGAGCAGAGAGAGAAGGAUAGCCCAAGAUGUGACUCACAGUCGUCGCUUUCUGUAUCAAACCCACCUAGUUCACCCACCCAACUUUCUCAUGAUGAAUUGGAUGAAGCUGAAGAUUCUCAGGCAUUGGAAACUGCUCAUGUUGAGGAACAAACAGUUCUAUCUGACAGUGGACACAUCAUGUCUGGGAUGGAGAUGGAGAACAUGAACAGAAUGGCGACUGCAAGUUCAGUUUCUCAUGGUGAGGAUGAUGAGUGGGAGAUUGAAAACAAUGAAGGAGUACAAGAACAGGAAGUGUAUGAUGAAGAAGAUGGUGGCUAUCAGGAAGAAGAGGAAGUAGUCCACGAAGGUGAUGGUGGCAGAAAUCUUGAUCUGAGCCAGGAAUUUGAUGCACAAACAUUGGACACGUCAAAUUUAACUCACGAGAUGGGUCAGUUGAUCUCAAGUUUUGAUGAUAGCGCUGAUGCUAUCAUCCCCAUGGCUGAUGAUCCGGAGACCUCUGGGAACCUUGAGAAGGCAGUUCAGAAAGAUGUAGUUGGUGACCGUAAGGUACAAGUUGAGAAUUCAUUUGCCCAAGAGUCAGCCAGUGAGUCAUCGCAACUCAUAAGCGAAACUGAGAAUUCUCUUCAACAGUUGGCUCUUGAUCCAGGGAUUAUAACUUAA